AUGGCUUCAAUAAAAGGCCCAGCCCCUACGAGCAACAAGCUUGACGGCUCCCCACUCCGCAUUGCCAUCGUGCACUCGCGAUGGAACAAGACUGUCAUUGACGCGCUACUGGCCGGCACUAUCGCGAAGCUCAAGGAGCACGGAGUGAAGGACAGCCACAUUGUUGUGCAGUCUGUACCGGGUAGCUUCGAACUGCCGCUGGCCUGUUCCAAGGUCAUCACAGGGUCUCGCGUCCAGGCGGGCGCGAGCGCAACUGAUCUGCUUGGGGGGCUGUAUAUCGGAACAUCUUUGAACUCUCCUCGCCCUUCGUCGCGAGCAGCUACGCCUGCCCCGACAGUCGCAUCCAUGCCUAGCCAGCCCUUCGACGCGGUUAUCGCCAUUGGCGUGCUCAUCAAGGGCUCCACCAUGCACUUCGAAUAUAUCUGCGACAGUGUGUCGCAUGCCUUGAUGAGAAUCCAGCUGGAUACUGGCAUCCCUGUUAUCUUUGGCGUCCUCACUGCACUGACGGACGACCAGGCGCUGGAGAGAGCAGGUAUCGGGCGGGGGGAGAGCAAGGGUCACAAUCAUGGCGAGGACUGGGCUUCUGCCGCAGUCGAGAUGGCUUCCCACUCGCGACGCUGGGCAGAAGGCAAAUUCUGAGGUAGGGGCCUCUUGGAAGACAGUAUUUGUAAGAUGCACAAGACUUUGACAAUAGGUGUAUAACAUCAGAAAGCCUGCUCCCAUAGGCAUGCAGAACCCUAGAAAUAAAAUGUGUCU